UUCUGUUAUUAGUAAGUUUAAGCCGUUAGUGUGUAUAAUUAUUACAAUGCACGAAAAGUGUGGAAAUGUAGAACUAUAAAAGAAUACGAAAUGCGUCUGCGACGCCGCUGGCAUCGGCGGAUGCGGCGUACAAUUGAGAAAAUCUAUCGGCUCAAGAUGCAGUCGCGUCGCAAAUUUGCCAUUUUUGCGGUCUUUGGAGCGCUCUGUGUGAUUAUCUGGCUGGGCGGGCAGCAACUGCUGGCUGCGACGACAGAUGACCAGCACUUCCAUGGGGACACUCGCUGUGCUCCAAUCGAUGCGGUCUACACGUGGGUCAAUGGCUCCGAUCCGGAUUUCAUCGAGUCCAUUCGACGCUACGAUCCAAGCUAUGAUCCAUCCCGCUUCGACGACAAGAAUGAGCUGAAGUACUCGCUGCGCUCGCUAGAGAAGCAUGCCAACUGGAUACGACACGUGUAUAUCGUGACAAAUGGCCAGUUGCCCAGCUGGCUGGAUCUCAACUACGAACGGGUGACGGUUGUGCCGCACGAGCUCCUCGCACCAGAUGCCCAACAGCUGCCGACGUUUUCGAGUGCAGCGAUUGAGACAUUUCUGCAUCGCAUACCAAAGCUAUCCAAGCGAUUCCUCUAUCUGAAUGAUGAUAUAUUUCUGGGUGCGCCGCUCUAUCCGGAGGAUCUGUAUACGGAGGCGGAGGGUGUGCGCGUCUAUCAGGCGUGGAUGGUGCCAGACUGCGCCCUCGACUGCCCAUGGACGUAUAUAGGCGAUGGUGCCUGUGAUCGUCACUGCAACAUCGAUGCCUGCCAGUUCGAUGGCGGCGAUUGCAGCGAAGCCGGCACAGCUGAUUUUCUCCACGACGAGCUGCAUGAGGUAGCCGAGCAACCAGCGCCGCCUCCUCCUUUUCCAGUGGGUCGCGGGGCCGUUCAUAAGUUUCCCAAUAUGGGAUUGCGCAAGUUGUUCAAGAGUAGCUCCAGCAAUUUCAAGGAUCUGAUGCGGCACAAAAAUGUCUCCACUCUGCUUGAGUUGCGACGCAUUGUGGAGCGUUUCAACAAGGACAAAUUGAAAUCACUGAAUCCCGAGCUGGACGCCAGCAGCGCAUUGCUUAGCAGCACCCGAUCCAGCCAGCAGCUUUUGCACAAGGAGGACUUUAAAUCCUCCACAGACAUUUACUCGCAUUCGCUAAUUGCCACCAAUAUGCUGCUGAAUCGCGUCUAUGGCUUCAAGGCGCGUCAUGUGCUAGCCCAUGUGGGCUUCCUCAUCCAGCGAGACAUUGUGGCCGCGAUGCAGGAGCGCUUCCAGCAACAGGUGCUGCAGACGGCCCACCAACGUUUCCGCUCCUCCACCGAUCUGCAAUUCGCCUUUGCCUACUACUCCUUUCUGAUGAGCGAAACUCAGCAAUUGGGCGUGGAGCAGAUCUUCGAUGAAUUCGAUACGGAUGGGUCCGGAACCUGGUCGGAUCGCGAGGUGCGCACCUGCCUCACACGCAUCUAUCCACCGCCGCUGGACUGGUCGGCGAUGCGUUACUUUGAGGAAGUCGUCCAGAAUUGUACACGUGACCUCGACCACGACGAGAGCGUCAAUAAAAUUGUGCACUCCACGCUUGUCUACGAACGCUACGAGGACUCCAAUUUGCCAACAAUCUCACGAGAGCUCGUCUAUCGCUGUCCUCUGCUCGCAGAGGCUUUGACUGCCAAUUUUGGUGCGCGGCCCAAGUAUCGCUAUCAUGUGAGUCCGAAGCGGGCAUCGCACAGCAAUUUCAUGAUGCUCACCUCGAAUCUGACGGAGGUGGUGGAAGCGUUGGAUCGCAUGCGUCGCAAUCCGCGCAAAUUCAAUUGCAUCAACGAUAAUCUGGAUGCGAAGCGGGGCGAGGAUAAUGAGCUGGUGCGCCAUCUGCUCGAGGAUUUCUACUUGUCGUUCUUUCCGCGUCGCAGCAAAUUCGAAUUGCCGCCACAGUUUCGCAAUCGUUAUGUGUCCUGGAGCGACUACCAGCGUUGGCGGCGUCGCAAACGUGCCGUGCUCUAUGUGGGCUACGGUGUCAGUCUGCUGCUCAUCAUCUUCUUGCUACGGCUGCUCUGCCAGCACAAGGCGAAGAUUGUGCGGCGCUGUGUGCAGCGUCUGUAGAGCUUAUAAUACUAUUAUUGUGGUUGUCUGACUUACAUUUGAUCCAAUCCAUGUCGUGUGGCAAACUAAGUUUUUGAUACUUGUGACCAUUUUAGCGUCAUUUUAAAAAGGUGGAAUCUAGUUAUAAAAAAUACGUAUAGAAUUAGUCUCUCAUUAAGCGCACUCACGAGGCUUAUGUUAAGCAAGUUAAGCAAGAGUAAUAUUCCUUCGAAUCGAAAUUAAACAUAUUAAUAAAUAGAAUUUUGAGAAAAAGA